AUGCAAGGACUCGUCGCUCUUGUUAGUGGCGCAGCAACGGGUUUAGGGUUUGCGUGUGUUAAACGUUUUGCUGAGCAAGGCAUUAAACAUGUGAUUGCUUGUGAUUUACCAACGUCGAAUGGAGAGGAAGCAAUUGCAGCGUUAAAUUCAUCUCGUGUGUCAUUCCAGUCAUUAGAUGCAACAAAGGAAGAAGAGGUUCAGCAAGUAUUGAAUAAAAUUCGUCUAGAGCAUUCCAAAUUAAAUGUUUUGGUGAAUUGUGCUGGUAUUGGUGUGGCAUUUCGCUCUUAUAACAUCAACAAACGAAGUAUGCACGGAAUGAAUGAAUUUCAAAAUGUAUUGAAUUUCAAUGUUUUCGGUAUAUUUAAUCUAAUUCGCUACGCAUGUCAUUUGAUGGCCGAUAAUCAACCGGAUGAAAACGGACAACGUGGUGUUAUUAUUAAUUCGUCGAGUAUGGCUGCAUUCGAUGGACAAAUUGGUCAGGCAGCUUAUGCGGCGAGUGCUGGAGCUUUAACUAGUAUGACAUUACCAUUAGCACGUGAUUUAUCAAACAUGGGUGUAAGAGUCAUGACGAUUGCGCCAGGAAUAUUUGGAAAUACAAAAAUGGUUGAACCAUUACCAGACAAAGUCAAAAUACUAUUAGGAAAUAUGGUCCCGUUUCCCUCUAGACUCGGGAGACCAGAUGAAUUUGCUCAUCUAGUACAAUCAAUCAUCGAAAAUCCCUAUUUGAAUGGUGAAGUGAUAAGACUAGAUGGAUCUGUUAGAAUGCCACCUUAA